AGGAGGACCACUCCGAUGCUCAGUCCAUCCUAUGCUAUUUUGGGAAAAGCUGUGCAAAGGAACUCCGAAAACUAAUCGGAGAUUCAAAUUUAUCCGCUACUAUAACCACCAGCAACAGACUGGUAUUAUGACAUUUAACAUGAGGUGAUUUCCCAUCAUGCCUCACUAACAACAUCCGGGGACUGAAGCUGCGGAGGAGAGGUUCUUGUGAAGUGGUGGAGAAAGACGGCAGGGCGAUAAGACUGUAAAAAUUGCAGUUUUGUUUGUUCUUGUGAUUCUGAAAUGGCGGCCGGUGACACCGUUGUAGAGGAGCUGCCCAAGAGAUCGUCCCCAGAGACGGACAGAAGAAGACCGAGCAUGGACUCGAAAUCACCCAGAAGCUCAAAACACCAUCACUCGCGAUCCAGGUCACGAUCAAGAGACCGAAAACGCAAAUCAACAGACAAAAAGCACAGACGAAGUCGAAGCAGGAGCAAAGAGGCGCGGAGGCGGGGCUCGGACAGGCCCUCGAAACCGCACAAGCUGGAGGAGCCGCACGAGCGGGAGAAGGAGAGGGCGGAGGGGGAGAAGGAGAGGGCGGAGCGGGAGAAGGGGCGGGAGAGGCUGUCUGCCGAAAAUGGCGAGGAGCGUCACCGCCGCAGAGACGGCCGACCGUGCCGGGGGCGGAGCCACUCCAGGUCGCGCUCGCGAGAGAGGCGAGGUCGCAGCAGGAGCAGGGACAAGCGGCGCUCGCGGUCCAGGAGCCGGGACAGGAAGAAGAGGGCCCGCUCUCGCUCGCGGUCCCGGUCCAAACACAGACACCACAGCAGGAGCCGAAGCAAGAGCAGGGACAGGAAGAGGAAGCCUGAGAAGGUGCACAGGAAGUCGAGCAGCCGCUCCCUGAGCCCGGUCACGUUCCGGGGGCGCAACACGGCCAUGGACGCACAGGAAGCCCUGGCCCGCCGGUUGGAGAGGGCGAAGAAGCUGCAGGAGCAGAAGGAGAAGGAGAUGCUGGAGAAGCAGCAGCAGCAGCAGCAGGAGAUCGCUGCAGUGGCAGGCCCCCUGCUGGUGGACCCGGUGGUGGCGGCCGCAGCCAGCCCCUCCGUCCUAAACGUGGCGGCUCUGCUGGCGUCGGGGACGCAGGUCACGCCCCAGAUCGCCAUGGCGGCGCAGAUGGCGGCCCUGCAGGCCAAAACGCUGGCGGAGACGGGCAUCGCGGUGCCCAGCUACUACAACCCGUCGGCCGUCAACCCCAUGAAGUUCGCCGAGCAGGAGAAGAAGAGGAAGAUGCUCUGGCAGGGCAAGAAGGAAGGGGACAACAAGUCCCAGACAGCUGAGCUUUGGGAAAAGCUGAACUUUGGAAAUAAGGACCAAAACGUCAAAUUCCGCAAGCUGAUGGGCAUUAAAGGCGAGGAGGAGGGGGACGUCCCCGGGGCGGUUAGCGAGGAAGGCCUGAAGACGCUGCAGCAGCAGGAGGAGAUGUUCCGCAACCUGGACGUGCAGUACGAGAUGGCGCGGUCCCAGACGCACACCCAGCGCGGCAUGGGCCUGGGCUUCUCCUCGGCCUUCUCCUCGCGGGGGAUGGACACCAUUUGACACGGCCCCUCUUCCACAGCCCGGCACAGACUUUCCACGGCACCGGGACCUGCUGGUGGAGCUUUGUGUUCUAGAGCUUCUGGUGUAAAAGUCUCUGUUUACUGAAGAAGAGAAAAACAAAAACAACAACAAAAAAAAAAGAAGCUAGUAGACUAUCUUGCAUGGAUGUUGCAUUGAAUCUAUAAUUUAUUGAGGGGAAACAAUUAAGAGAAACAAUCUCCCAGCUGAAGUCUUCUGCACAUAGCUGAGCGCUGAUCUAGCCUUGGCAUUUUGAUCCCAUACACACCCUUUUCAAAAAUGACAAAAAUAAGGCUCAGUGUGACAAUUAUUGAGAAGGCAGGCUUGACAGAAUCCUACAAUUGUAAUUGCCCUGUUCCCCUGCUUUUUGUACUAAAACAAUGUAAAUAUUUUCAUUUAUUUUAACACGAAUGGGACAUCUAGACGUGGAAGUGAAAUGAUUCAUCGAUUUCCAUUCAACUGCCAGUGGGGCAAAACGGCUCAUAUAACCAAUCACAGAAUAUGUAGCGUUUGAUCUGAAAGUCCUCGGUCUCAUAGGAUAAGAGCACUGUCUUCAGGACUGGGUCUUUAUUUCCACUGAUGGCAUGACUGCUACUACCACCGUCAAACCGCCUUUGUAUUAAAUAUAUUUACUUCAAUUAAAAGGAAUAGUCUUGUUUUCUGGUA